GCUGCGCACGCCGCUCAGGAGUCUCGCGAGAGUUAGCGGCAGCUGCCCUUGGGAGCGCGGAGCCGGCGGGGUCUGCAGUGCUGUGUGAGGGCGGCGUGGCCAUGGCUCGGAGGCUAUUUCGUCAGUAUACGGACAUCCCCGACGGCACCGAGUGCCACCGCAAAACCUACGCCAGCACCAGUAUCGGCGCCGCCGUGGGCCUCACUACCUCGGCCUACAGUGUCACACUCAAUCCCCCGGGCUCCAUCCUCGAUGGAGUGGCAAGGGUUGGACGAUACACCUUUACUGCAGCUGCUGUGGGAGCCAUGUUUGGCCUCGCCUCUUGCGUCAGCGCCCAGGUCCGGGAGAAGCCCGAUGACCCCCUGAACUACUUCAUUGGAGGUUGUGCUGGAGGCCUGACCCUGGGAGCGAGAACCCACAGCUACGGGAUCGCUGCCACCGGCUGCGUGUAUAUGGGCAUCGCCGCUGCCUUGUUCAAGAUGGGCCAGGUGGAGGGCUGGGAGGUAUUUCCAGACCCCAAGGUGUGAGCCCUGCCGCGCCGCAGGACUUGGGGCAGGGGGACCUGUGCCCAGAAAUAAACUCUGUAUAUAUGUGUCUGAGUGAU